AUGGAUCGCCGUGAAAUCACCCCGGAGGCUGACAAAACCCACCAAAAUCGUCUCUCCAGCGUCACCGAGGAGGAAGAAGAACAAGAUGCAGCUUACACGAUUGUGACGGUCCUGGACAAAGUGGCCAACAUCGUGGACAGUGUGCAGGCGAGCCAGAAAAGGAUAGAGGAGAGGCACAGGGAGAUGGAAAACGCCAUCAAGACCAUACAGAUUGACAUUUUAAAGCUUGCCCAGGCUCACGGCAAUACAGGCUACACGGUGAACAAGUUGCUGGAGAAAACCCGCAAAGUCAGCUCCACCGUGAAGGAGGUGCGGGCACGCGUGGAGAGGCAGAGCACCAGCGUGCGGAAGGUGGAAGCCAAACAAGAGGAGAUGCUGAGGAAAAACAAAUUCCGAGUCGUAAUCUAUCAGGAGGAAACCGAGUGUCCUUCAUCUCUCUCUGUUAUCAAAGAGAGGACAGCAGGUGAAACUCUAGAGGAUGAUUUCUUCCCACCUGAUGAUCUGUCUUCUGAUGAAGAAUAUUAUAUCGAAGAAAGCAAAGCAACCCAGUUCAAGAAAUCGGGCAUGAGGCGCAUAGAUGAUAUCAAAAAGGCAUUUUCAAGGGAAAAUAUCCAAAAGACAAGACAAAAUUUUGGCAAGAGGGUAAACAGGCUUCGAACUAGAAUAGUAACCCCUGAGAGGAGAGAGAGGAUCAGGCAGUCAGGAGAGAGACUGAAACAAUCUGGGAUAAGGAUCAAGAAAACCAUUUCACAAGCUGCCCCAUCGAAGGAGACGUUCAAGAUCCAUAAAAAAAAUAAAGAACGAACCGGAGCCGAAGGCCAGGAGGGGAUCCAGGAAGCCGGUGUGCACAUCGCCUCGGAGCUCGCAGCAGCAGAGCCCUUCACUGAAGAAAUCUCUUACACAGAAGUGAUCACUAAGGUAAAGAAAGACAAGAAUAGUGCAACAAAAGGUGCUUCCCAGUCAACUGAAAAAGGAGUGACAAUCCCAGAAGUCGUUCUUAAGCAGGAAGGAAAAGAAGGAGGAGGAGGAGGAGGUGAUGAUGUCCCUUUGCUAGACUUAAAGCAAUCAGCAUAAGGAAUCAAUUAGCAAACACAGCAUACUAUC